UUAUUUUCUCAACGAUCAAAUUUUUACGUGCAGAAAAUGAACUCGAAGAAGUACCACAGGAAAAUGAACAUUUCCAGAAAAAUACAUAAAAUAGUUUCCUUUUCGUUGGACGAGCCACUGAGCCAGUUCCGUAGCUUCAUCUCUGUAGCUUCAUCUGCAGGGAGCGAGCGAGCGAUCUUCCGUUCCAUUGGAGGAGGAGACGAAACAAUGGCGGAAAGCGGAGGAGGAAUUGCACACAGGCUAGCCAGCUGGAGGUGCUGCUGCGUUUUCAAGGAGUUGAGUUUUAUCGAGCGGCGGCGAAGAACCCGAACCAAUCUCCGAAACGCUUCGAUGAUUCCUCCUUUCAACAAGCACCUCUUUGGCUCCCGCUGGCGAUCGCUAGGCGUCAGCUACCGCAUUCUGAGCAUGGAUGCUCGAGAGAAAUCAACUUCUACUGUACUUGAAUCAUCAAAGCACAAGAGGGUACUGGUAUUCGUUGUGAUGCCCGUGGACACGUUUGGUGCUGAUGCUUCUGGGAGUCUAAGGAUCAAAAGACUCAAGGCAUUAACUGUAUCUCUAAAAGCACUCAAGCUGGCUGGUGUGCAUGGAAUUGCGGUAGAGGUUUGGUGGGGAAUUGUGGAGCGUUUUGCUCCUCUUGAAUAUAAUUGGGGCCUUUAUGAAGAUCUUUUCGGAUUGAUUUCAGAAUCAGGGUUGAAGUUGCAUGUUGCUUUGUAUUUUCAUUCAAAUGUACAUCAGCAUAGAAAGUGGGGUGUGAGUCUUCCUCUGUGGAUUGUUGAGAUUGGUAAAAGCAACAAGGAUAUAUACUACCGAGACAUAAGUGGUCUGUCCAAUGCUGAUUAUCUCACACUAGGAGUGGACCGACUACCUCUAUUUUAUGGACGGACUGCUCUCCAAUGUUACGAGGACUUCAUCGUCAAUUUCGUUAACAAAUUUGAGCCCUAUAUUGGGUGUAUAAUUGAAGAAAUAAGUGUUGGUCUUGGUCCUUCUGGGGAGCUAAGGUAUCCAGCACAUCCUCUGGGUGACGGAAGAUGGCAAUUUCCUGGAAUUGGUGAAUUCCAAUGUUAUGACAAAUAUAUGAUGGAGGACUUGAGGAUCGCUGCAUGUCAGGUGGGAAAGCCGGAAUGGGGAGAUAGGGGACCCCAGAAUGCUGGUUGUUACAAUAGUCUUCCACCAGGGGUACCUUUUUUCGGAGAUGGACAGGAGAACUUUAUAUCGGAUUAUGGACGCUUCUUCCUUGAAUGGUACAGUGGCAAGCUAAUCUGUCAUGCAGAUGCUAUCCUGGCUAAGGCAGCUAAUGCAUUGAGGAAGUAUCAGCAAACUGUAGAAACAUCGGUUCUAUUGGUGGCUAAAAUUGGUGGAGUAUACUGGUGGUACCAGACUAUAUCGCACCCUGCUGAACUUACAGCUGGUUACUACAACACUGCUCUCAGGGAUGGUUAUGAUCCUCUUGCAUCAAUGCUGUCCCGUCAUGGUGCUGCUUUGCAUAUUCCCUGCUUAGAAAUGAUGGACAACGAGAACCCACUGUCUUAUCGUUGCAGCCCUGAAGGCUUACUUCAACAGAUAUGCAAAAUUUCAAAGAAAAGAAUACAUUUGAUUAGACGAAAUGCUAAUGAACGGUUGGAUAAGACAGGAUUGAGGCAAAUACUGGCCAACUGUAAUCACCCUCAGGCAGAAGCUGUAAGGUCAUUUACUUAUUUCAGAAUGAACGAGAAAAUCUUCUCGGUAGAAAACUGGAACAAUUUUGUUCCCUUUGUUAGAAUGAUGAAUUCAGAUUAUUGAACUUCUCAGGUAUGUUCUAACCAUUAAUUGUAAAGAAAAACACUGCAUCUCCUUCCAUCUCAUCUUUUUAUAUGAGGGUGGGGGAGGUUGUUAAUGACGAUUUUAGAGUCAUUGCAGAUCAAAUCCCUGUGUCUGGCCUCAGUUACUGAUAAGAUUUCUGGCUUCUGAUAAAGUUCUAAAAGAAUCGUCGCCAUUUUAUACCGUAGAAAUCACAUUGGUCCUUAGAUUUCUUUCAUAUUGGAUGCCGUCUUUCUGAGUUUGAUCUGAUUGGGGCAGCUCCCCCGGUUGCCCAUUGUGGCCGAGGCUGCUGACAGGCAAGUUCUUUGAGGACACAUUAAUUGUGUAGAGGAACAAAGUUCUAUCUGGGUUUCCUUUUGGUUAGUUUGUUGAUGCUUAUAGUAAUAGUGACGCAGUUCAAUCACUCACAACCUUGUUACAUGAGCUGGAAUUCGGUCGAAUUUGUUCUUGGAACAACUGGUACAGUGGUACCAGUAUAUGAAGCUAUGAAUGAUAUUGUUGUUCUUGUUGUCUGUAUAUUCAUUCACGGUG